UCUCUCUCUCUCUCUCUCUCUUCCUCUUCCUCUUCCGUUCGUUCGCAAUCGAGGAGCUCGAAGGUCUCGCCGAAUCCAACCGUUCUUCCAUGGCUGUUUCUCAAGCAAGUCUCCUCCUUCAGAAGCAGCUUAAAGAUCUCUGCAAGAACCCCGUCGAUGGCUUCUCCGCCGGUCUUGUCGAUGAGAGCAAUAUAUUUGAAUGGAGUGUUACGAUUAUUGGCCCCCCUGAUACGCUUUACGAGGGGGGUUUCUUUAAUGCCAUUAUGAGUUUUCCAUCAAAUUAUCCUAAUAGUCCUCCGUCCGUGAAGUUUACUUCUGAGCUUUGGCAUCCUAAUGUUUAUCCUGAUGGGCGUGUUUGUAUUUCAAUCCUUCAUCCUCCUGGUGAUGAUCCCAAUGGCUAUGAGCUUGCUAGUGAGCGAUGGACCCCUGUUCAUACGGUUGAAAGCAUAGUUUUGAGUAUUAUAUCAAUGCUAUCGAGCCCAAAUGAUGAAUCACCUGCAAAUGUUGAAGCUGCUAAGGAAUGGAGGGAUAGGCGGGAAGAUUUUAAGAAAAAGGUAAGCCGCUGCGUGAGGAAGUCACAGGAAAUGCUAUGAUGAGAAAGGCGGGGCAGCAAGUGCUUUGCGUUGUCUCUUCUGCUUUUUUUGUGGCUGUGGGUGUUUAAAUUUUAUCUUUGCUAUGGGACUUCACCUGUUCACUUGGUGCCAGUGGGUCUUGUAGAACGUCAAUGAAUGGAGAGCUGUCACCCAUAUAUUUUACUUCUUGUUUUUCUUUCUUUCUUUCUUUCUUCCUUUCUUUUUAUUAUUUUUAUUUUAUUUUAAUAUUUUUUUCCUUCUUAUUUUGUUCUCCUCUCUGCAUUUUAAAAGUGAUUACUACUAGGAUGAUUUGUGUAACAAAAGCAUUUUGUUUAAUGCUUUUCGUUUGUUAAAAGAAAAAAAAAAAGGGGGGGGGUUUGGGUGUGACAGAUUGAGCUUUCUGAUAUUGAUGGGUGCCGUAUACUACUAAGAUUAAGCCUAAGCAUCCUUUGAGAAGAUUAUUAAAAAGUCCUCUUGCGGGCAAAUAUUUUAUUGGUAAGAUUUCGUUUUA